AUGUCGAGAUUGGUCAGCAGGCUUCAAGACCCCUUUUUCCUGGCCGACGGAGGUCGACCACUGUAUUUCCGCAACGGCGGGAUCGACGACCUGGAUGCCGCACAGGAUGAAGUGCUCUGGAUCCAUCUAGUCAUUGAGGCUUUGAUCGAUACACGCUCGCACGUUGAUCAGUUCAAGUACACCAUGUCGCAGAUUGCCGAGCACAUUGACGCUGCCACCACCGAUGAAAUCAGACAACGGAGCAAACUGCUCGCCACCACUCGGGAGAAAUUCAUCAGCAUGAGCAAUGAUUGUGAUCAGUGGCUGAUUGACUUUGCCAGCGUCGACCCGAUCCCGCGGCUCCAGAAACUUGCUGAUGCCGGCGCAAAUAUCGUCAGGGCUCAUGUCGCCGCGUGUAAACGUGAUCUAGACAGAGAGAUGCUGAUUCGGUUCAUACGGUCGGAGAGAGGCCGGGCAACGCUGGAAGGAGUCUUCGAGACCCAAGUCAGGUCCUUGUUAUGCGAGGCCCCGGAUGAGUGCAAAGAUGUAGACCUUUGCGAGAGACUGUUGGACUGGCAUAGGUGCUUCUGA